AAUAAUAGUGACAUCUCUAAAACGUUCUGUCCAUCUCCGAUUUAAUUUGUUGUUAAAAUAAAAGAGCGGAGCAGAGCGAUGCCACCUUGUUGACAUCAUAUAUAAUAUAAAUACAUAAGAAUUUUUAGAAAAUCAAUCACAAUAUGUCUGUGCGUAUGCUGAAAAAGCUGCAAAAGGAGGCAGACCUACUGAAUGAACUAGUCUUAGACGAAGAGUCGGAGGAAUUGACAGAUAAUGAUGAGUUGCAGGGUCCAGAUGUUGUUGCGGCGAGGAAAUCAAACCUAAAUCCAUUCAAUUUGCUGAAUCAACAGGGCGAAUGCCUUUCGGAGAGUGAAUUCAAGGAAGAUGACAACGAGACAGAACAUCCAUCAUCGGCGGCUAAAGCUCCAAGCGCUGGUCAGAGUAAUGCUAAUACAUCAGCUACCAACAAGAAGAAGAAGAAACGCAAGAAGAAGUCCAAAUCGAAUGGCAAUCAUAUAAGCAGCGAGGAUAAUGAGCAGCAAGAUGCAAAAGUUAAUCCGUUGCUGGGCGAUGUUUGUGAUGUAGCGCCUAAUCAGGCCAAACAGGAGAAGGAAGGCAAACAUCAGCAGCAAGGAGCGAAACAGAAACAACCCCAGAAAGUGGAGCAGGAACCGAUACAUCAGCCACCUAAAAACUUAUUAAACGUGGAGCUUAAGCACUUGAAUGCCCAGAACGAAAUGAGGCGAACGUUUGGCAAGCGAGUGGUCAAAGUACAAAAUAGACGUGGCCGGCAAAAGGUGACCUUAAAAACCACCCAUAUGGUAACACCUAAGGAUACAUGGCCGCCAUUGACAAAGAAUGCCGUUACCAUGAGGCUAAUACCUACACAAGAGCAAGCCGGCUCCAGCAAAUCGCCUGGAAGUGUUCAAUGGUUCACGUUCGAACAUAGUGAAUACUAUCAGGGUAUCCAAUCAAUGUUUUUAGCAGCAUUGGAGCGCAUCGAUUCAGAAUUUCUGAUCACACUUAUUAAACGCUGUCCUUACCAUGUGGACGCUCUGAUCCAGUUAAGUGAAGUGUGCAAGAUGACAGAAGAUUAUGCCUUGGCUUCGGAACUUAUGGAGCGUGCUCUAUACCUUUUGGAGUCUUCGCUUCAUAUCAACUUCAGUCUGACAUCGGGUCUGUGUUGUCUGGAUUAUAACUAUCAAGAGAAUCGAUCGUUUUAUGUUGUGCUCUUUAAGCAUGCCCAAUAUUUGGAAGAGCGAGCCUGUUCACGCACUGCCUUUGAGAUAAGCAAAUUGUUGCUUAGUCUUCAACCAAAUGCCGAUCCAUUGGCUGUCAUCUUGGUCAUUGAUUAUUAUGCCCUAAGAAGUAAACAGUUUGCUUGGCUGGAGGAGUUCUACAAUGAAUAUAAUGCUAUCAGGAAUCUAUCGCAAUUACCUAAUAUGGCUUACUCCUAUGCAUUGGCAUUAUAUAUGCUUUAUGGAUCUUGCGAGCGUUCCAAUGAGGCAUUACAAUAUGCUUUGCUUAUGUUUCCGGGUAUUCUACGGCCCCUGCUUGAUGAGAUGUCCGUGCAGGCGGACAAACGCGUGUUGGCUUCGUCUUAUUUCUUUGCCGAUGGAGCGGGCAAACAAUCACCGGCUCUAAAUCAGCUAGUGUGUCUAUAUAUAUGUCGUGCUCGCGUCGUUUGGCGCCAAAACGAUUUGCUGCCUUGGCUGGAGUCGAAUGUGAACGUUGUACUUGAUCGCAUUAAUAACAAAGACCCAUUGAUUAAGGAAUAUCAGAAUAAACGCAUACAUCGCUAUGCUGGCACGCCACCACGUCCCAUUCUACGUCAUGUCAUACUGUCCGAUUUCAAAGAGAAAGUCCCAUUGGCAGUGUUUAUUUCCAAGGAGAAACGUGCCAUCAUGACCUAUGAUCCAUUGCCACCAGAAGAAAGCAUAAAUUCGUAUCAUAGAAAACCACCGACGUCGACGGCCAGCAGCCCCGCAACCACAACCAGCACUGUAUCCACAUUUUUUCAGUCUUUGCUGCCAUCGUUCAAUUUACAACACUUUCAACAAGAGCGUCUUCAUGCAGAAAUUGAAUAUGCGGCAGCAGCUGUUGAAGGAAUCGAGGCUGCCGAAGCCGCACUUGAAGUAGUUGCAGCUGCAGGACAACCUAAUGCUCCCAAUGCCAAUGCAGUUGCAGAAGCGGGACUACACCAAUCUUUGAACCAAAUGAUGGAUGCCAUGCGCGAGUUUUUACAACAUUUUCGUUUCGAGCAAUUUCGAACACAGGAUAUGGCCAGUGACGAGGAAGAUGAUGAGGAAGAGGGAUCUAGUGACUAUGUGGAUUAAAAAAAACUGUUGACAACACAAUACGCUUUAACAUAUAUAUAUAUACAAAUAUAUAUAUCUGAUCUGCUAUAAUCACCACCCACAGCCACGUCACAAACAAAUUUCUACUGUAUGUACAUAAUAUAUAGUACGUGUUUAGAAAACUUUUUUUUCAAUUUGAAGUAAUAAAAAUUUCCAUGUAAAAAGCUUUAA